AUGGCGUUAGCGGGCUCCUCCGCCUGCCUUCGCCCUCCUCAUCCUCACAGGGUGCCUGUGUCUGCAGCGAUUACUGCUCCAGGCAUAGCUGCUGCUGAGGACGUGCGAUUGCAGGCAGCUCAGUAUCGCGUGGUGACUGAGAUCCAGAGGCAGACCAUAGGUCUGGCUUUACAAGGCAGAGAUGUGCUCGGAGCUGCCAAGACCGGAUCAGGCAAAACCUUGGCUUUUAUCGUCCCGGCCUUGGAACUGUUGUAUCGCAAUCAGUGGACUUCAGCAGAUGGACUGGGAGUUUUGAUCAUAUCGCCUACCCGGGAACUGGCCUAUCAGACCUUUAAGGUUCUGCGGAAAGUGGGAAAAAAUCAUGACUUCUCAGCUGGCCUUAUAAUUGGAGGGAAGGAUCUGAAAGAAGAGUCUGAGAGAAUCCACAACAUCAAUAUGCUCAUUUGCACUCCAGGACGGCUUCUGCAGCACAUGGAUGAGACUUCGUAUUUUUAUGCAUCAGAUCUGCAAAUGUUGAUUCUUGAUGAAGCUGACAGAAUUCUGGACAUGGGGUUUGCGGAUACCAUGAACGCGAUCAUAGAGAAUCUCCCCAAGAAGCGCCAGACGUUGCUUUUUUCAGCAACGCAAACAAAAUCGGUGAAGGAUCUUGCACGGCUGAGUUUGAAGGAUCCAGAGUAUGUUUGGGUUCAUGAGAAAGCCAAAUUCAGUACCCCAGCAACUUUGGACCAGAACUACAUCGUUUGUGAGCUUCAGCAAAAAAUAAACAUGUUAUACUCUUUCCUGAGAAGUCACCUGAAAAAGAAGAGUAUUGUGUUUUUUGCGAGCUGUAAAGAGGUGCAGUAUCUGUUCCGAGCGUUCUGCAAGCUCCAGCCUGGCGUGCCUGUUCUGGCGCUCCAUGGCAAGCAGCACCAGAUGAAGAGGAUGGAAGUCUACAACUGUUUCCUUCGGAAAAAGGCAGCGGUUCUUUUUGCUACAGAUAUCGCAGCUCGCGGCCUCGAUUUUCCAGCAGUGAACUGGGUCAUUCAGUUUGAUUGUCCGGAAGAUGCAAACACCUACAUCCACAGAGUGGGAAGAACAGCCAGAUACAAAGAAGGUGGUGAAGCUUUGUUAGUCCUGCUUCCUUCGGAAGAAAAAGGCAUGGUGGAGCAGCUGGCGCAGCGGAAGGUGCCUGUCAGUGAGAUCAAAAUCAACCCUGAAAAGCUUACAGACAUCCAAAAGAGGUUGCAGGCCUUUUUGGCUCAAGAUCAGGAGUUAAAAGAGAAAGCUCAAAGGUGUUUUGUAUCCUAUCUGCGUUCAGUUUACUUAAUGAAGAAUAAGGAAGUAUUUGAUGUUUUCAAAUUGCCUCUAGCAGAAUAUGCCCUAUCCCUUGGCCUUGCGGUGGCACCGCGGGUGAGAUUUCUUCAGAAAGCCCAGAGGCAGCUGCUGGUGAAUGCGACCGCUGAAGAGACAGAUCCCUUGAAGGAGACAAAGCAAGAUAAAAAUACCAGCUCCUCGGUAAGCAGAGAGGGAGUAGAGAAAUCCAGAGCUGCUUUCAGUGGAAAGGCAUCUGUUGAGAAGACUAUUGAAGAGGACGCAAAGGAAAAAAAUGAAGAAUAUCCUUCUUCCAGUGAAGGUCCUGGUGACAGUGAGUCUGAGGAGGAAUCGCAAGAGGUAUCGGAGGCAGAAGAGGAGGCGGCGGCUCCUGUCUUGGGCAAGGUUCCAAGUGCAGACUCCAUGCGGUUCUUUGAUGAUGAUGAUGAUGAUGAUGAUGAUGCUAGAGACCUUGAUUUGCUGACAGUGAAACGACAGAAUGUUUUUGGUGUGGAAACUAAAGACAAUCCAGCUCUGGCCUCUGUGGAGCCCUCGGGUUGUGCCGAGGGAGGGACGCGGCCCUGCCGGCUCCGUGCCGUGAGCGCCGGCCUCUCCGGGGCCUCGGCCGUGGCCGGGGACGGCAGCGCCCGGCAGAGCGCGGGGCGCCUCGUGAAGCCCCCACAGCGCACGUAG